GUGGUGGUUCCAAGUUGCGCAGUGGUCAUUGAAGGAGUCUUCUUCUGCGCGAACGAUCCCCCAACGAAAGGGGAGGAACGCUUUGAAGAUUGGCAAGAUGAAUUGGAAGUGAUUCCAUAUGGUAUUGAAAGGUUCGGCAUUGAUGAGAAGAUCGAAUUGGAGAGAGAUUGCGCUGGGCAGAAAGACGAUGAACUGCAGGAAGAACGCAGGGGCACAGCUGCCCAGACUUCACCAGAGAAACUUCUUUCUGCCGACCUGCCGUGUCAGCCGAAGCGCCGUGCGCGACGCGCGCGACGUGCGCAACGUCGUGCCGGAGGUGGAACAGGGGACGUUGGGUGAGCAGUGGCUGGAUGUGGGGAGUGGCAACUGCGGUGGCGAAGCACCAUUUGUGGAGUCGUGGGAGGAGACCUCCUCCAUCCGAUGUCACUAAACCUUCCCCGUGUAUCGUAUGGCGAUAGUGACUGCCUGGGAUUUGAUGGCAGUGACACCUGAAGGCAGAGCAGGCCCGUGAUGGUCAUAUGGAUCCCAUGCAUAGCUCACACGGCUGAUCUGCUUCGCUGAGAAAGGGACGGGGAUUUCGGCUGGGAAGGGAUCGAGCGAAUCGAGCCGUUGCAAUCGUUAGAUUGUCUGCCAGGACAACCCCGGCACCAAGAUCAUUCGGCAAUCUAUGGGUUCCAGGAUCAAACAUCCCAGCUCAGACCCUCUUAGACCACAUGGACCAUAGACC